AUGAAUAAUAAUUUCCAUUCAUUACCUCCAUUACCUCCAAAACGUUCAUCCAUAUUAGCAGAUCCUGUUAAAGCUACAAAUACUACAGAUACAUCAUAUUCACCUUUAAGAGAUCAAUUCAUCCAAAAUGCAAAUCCAAUGAGACAAAAUCAACAUGGUCAAUAUAAUCAAUAUCAUGGAAACAAAAUAAUAAGAGAUGAUGAAGAUUCUAUAAAUAAUAUACCUUUAAAAGAUAUACCAUCUUCAACAAAUUAUAAUAAUAAUAUGAAUUCAACAAAUACAAAUUUACCACUUUUAUAUAAUAAUAAUGAAGAUCCAAAUUAUAAUAAGAAAUUUUAUAAUAAUAAGACAAAAAAUAAUAUCCCAUUAGGUUAUAAAAUUAUAAAUUUCCCAUAUUUUACUAUAAUUGUUACAAUUAUUGAUAUUAUAAUUUUCAUUGUGGAAUUAGUUAAAAUGAAAAAUUUAACAGGUUCAGCAUUUCAAACAAAACCAUAUUUUAAUCCAAUGUUAGGACCUUCAUCAAAUGUUCAAAUUUAUCUUGGAUCAAGAUUUGCACCUUGUAUGCAUUCCAUAUCAGGUAUAACAGAUUCAAAUGAAUUUUCAUGGCCAUGUCCAAAUUCAACAACAACUGAUACACAAGUUUGUUCAUUAAUAGAAUUAUGUAAUUUAGGAGAAAAUUUCCAAGGUGAACCAAAUCAAAUUUGGAGAUUAAUAAGUGCAAUGUUUUUACAUGCAGGAUUUGUUCAUAUAUUAUUUAAUCUUUUAUUACAAUGUACAAUGGGGUUAGAUGUGGAAAAACAAAUUGGUACAUUAAGAUAUAUGAUUAUUUAUUUAGUUAGUGGAAUUUCUGGGAAUGUAUUGGGUGUUAAUUUUGCACAAGAUGGUAUAUCAAGUAGUGGAGCUUCAGGUGCAUUAUUUGGUAUAAUUGCAGUUAAUUUAUUAAUUUUUGUUCUUCAUAGAGAUAGAUCAACAGUUCGUUAUUAUGGAUUCAUGAUUUCUAUAUUAGUUUUAGAAGUGGUUGUGUGUCUUGUCCUGGGGUUAUUACCUGGAUUAGAUAAUUUUUGUCAUAUUGGUGGAUUUGUUGGUGGAUUAUUAUUAGGUUUAUUAAUGUUGAAUGAUCCAAAAUUUAUUAGAUUGAAAAGACAUACAAGAGGUUUAAGAUUACAAGGAUUUGGAUCUUUUUCUAAACAUAUGCAAAAUAUAAGGAAAGAUAGAUUUAUUAUUUGGAUUAUUGUUAGAAUUGUGGCACUUGUAUUAAUAAUUGCAUGGUUUGUUGGAUUAAUAUUAAAUUUUAAGAAUGGAGGUGGUAAUUGUUCAUGGUGUAAAUAUUUUAAUUGUUUACCAGUGAAUAAUUGGUGUUCUCAGGGAGAUAUCACUACCAGUACCUCAACAUCUUCCACAUCUUCACCUAAAUCAUCAAAUCCUUUUUAA